GCCGCGCGUAGCUGCCGAGCCGCGGCCGCAGGUUCCCUUGCGCGCUGCGGUGCGGGCGCGGCGCGGCGCGGGCGGGAGGCGCGGAGCGGGCCCGCAGCAGGUGUCGGGCGGCGGGGGGCCGGCCGCCCGCGGGGCCCCGCCGCCCCCGGAGGAGGGCCGCCAGCUGUUCCCUUCGCGGGGCGGCGCUGACCACAUUAUUCGCGGCGUCUAUUUUUAAAAAUGGCUUUCCAGCCGCAGUUGUAGGAAGCUGACAAUUCCGAGGGGCAGUUCUUCCACCCCUUGCAGCGCCUUGGCUUUAAAUAGAUUUUUUUUUUUCCUUUUUGUCCUUGUCGCUUUGAUAUCCCUCUUCCCCCCACCGGGACGCGCCUCGGUGAUAACUCUUUUCCCCAUGCAGCGCACCGGCGAUGCCCCUGCUCGCUCCGGGGUUGGGAAGACCGGGCACGGCUAACCCGUGGCAUGCCUAGGGGCUCCCGGCUUCUUUGCGAGAGGGAAGGGGAUCUCGGUACUUUUGUAUCGGUGCCGUGACAUUGCUGUUGUGUUUGCCGGAAGGUCACAGAAUAGCCGGUGCUAUUUGAGUUUUGGUGAUGUUGAAGUCUUCUGAUGAUCCUGGGGAGGUCUGCAUCCCAACUCGGAGCUGCCCUGGGGAGAGCGGGCUCACAUGGUCUCCUGCGAGCGUGUGCGGGAAACCUGCGUGCGCGUGUGUGGAUGCGGGGGUACGCGUCAGGAGGAAGUUUUUCUCCAGGAAUAAGGAGGACAAAGAGAAAACCCCGGGGGCUGCGCGUAAACUCCUCUCUGGGCUCUGCCCCGUGGGAAUCCCCCUCCCCGCACACACCUCUGGAGAGACAUCAGAUAAGAGUAAUUCUUUUGUGAUGCUAUGUUGGAUGUGUGCCUAUUGCGUACAAUGAACCGAGCCAUAUUGUGUGUCUAUACUCGCCCGGUUCUGAGAGCCCUGGCAUUUCGCAAUUCCUGCAGCAAGAUGUCCAUCUCUAAAAGAAAAGCUCCCCGGGAGAACCCGGCUGGGUCCCCCCUGUAAUGUGAUCUCAGGUGAUCAAAGCCUUAUCUCUCCCGGGUCACAAAAGAAAUUUUUUUGAUGCAGUCUCCUUUAGUGUAGGGCAUUGGCUAGACAGUGGAGUCAUUGUAAAUUCAGGAACUCUUUAACAGCGGAGAGGCGUGUCUCUGUGCGUCAGCACAAGUACUGCAUGCACAGCAUUAAAAAAAUAGGAGCAUGCAGGAAAAGGAAAAAAAAAAAAGCUUGUCAGCAGGUGACCUCCGCUCCCCGGGACCUGCUGCUACAAGGAACCGCUGCGUUCAUCAUCUGCGGGAGCCGCGCAGCCGCCCGCCCUCCCGCCUCCCGGCCCGCCCUGCCUGCCCGGGCUCAGCGCCGGGAGGGCGCGGGGGCGGCUCCGGACGGGGGUCCCUGCGGCUCCCGCCCCUCCGCCGCUGGAUGCGGGUGGGCGGGCCUGCCCCCGCCCCGCGCUGUCUCUGGGGAGAGCCGGCAGACCGGGGCGGGGCGGGGCGGGGGGAAGGUGAUGCAUGCGGGGAGGGCUCUGGCCCCCGGGACUGGGAAUCGUGGGCCAGGUUUUAGGCGGAGGGAAAGGCGCCGAGCAGGCCCGGCAGUCUCCUCCGCUAUUGAGCGUUGCGGAGGGGAGGGGAUGAGGGGCGGGCAAGGGCGCUGUGAGAGCCUGAAACUGAAGCAGGCCCUGCUGCCUGGGGGUGCUGUGUCUGUCUGCGCUCCCGUCUUUUAAUUGGCAUCAUGUGGGGGAGCGGGCGGGGUGGUGACAGCUGCGACAGGCGGGACGCAUCCCGGCGGAGCGCUCGGCCCCGCGUGUCUCCGCGCAGCCCCGCACCGCAGCCUCGGCCGGCGAGGGGGGCCCAGGGGAAGCCCCUUCCCUCUCCCCAUCACUGGCUCCUUCCCUCUCCCCAUCCCGGCGGCUUCUGAGACACGAAGGGCUCCGCUUCCCUCGCCCCGCUGCUCUCCGCGGCAGCCCGGGGAGUGGACAGUCCGGAGGGUCCCCCUCCGCUCCCCCUGCGCUCCCCUUCCCCUGGAAGCCGUACAAAGAGGUGGCCGGCAGAGAUGCUUGCUCACCGUCUUGGUUGUCACAGAUGGUCUGUUGCGGUGCUAAGGGAAAGCUAAACCGCUCCACUCCAUUGAUACAAAGAAAGCCAACGUAUGUGUAGCCAGAGACAAAAAUGGGAAAAGAGCAAACCAGCAACAACAUGAAACUGUGCAGUUACAGAGGUGUUCAUUGCCUAAAAGCUAAGGAAAAUGCUUCUGUGGGCCUGCUCUUCACCAGAGCUAAGACAGAUAAAAAUUAAAAUUUCACUUUAGUGAACCGCACACCUCCUCUCACCUGUGAGCGUGUCAGGAGAGCAGGACAGCAGCGUUUAUGUCAGGCUGGUGUCCUGCACCAUUCAGCAUGGUCUGAGUUGGAUCAUGUAGAAGAAGGUGUGUGAAGGGCUGAUGUGGACAUGUAGGAAAUAAAUAGCUUCCCUGAAACUUUCUUCCUAUCCUUGUGAAGGAAGCCUUUGAGCAUUUUCCUUAAUAAAACCAGUUCAAUGCAGUGAGAAGAAAUUCAGCACCCCAUGUACUGAGUUAUUUCCUCUCUACUUCUCUUCCCUUCCACAUUUUUAGCUAUAAAUAGGGCCCUAGCUUUCAAAGUUUGGAGUUGUCCUGAUUUUCAUUUGAUAUAGCCUCAUUUUGAAGAGGAUUGUCUAUUUUAAUAUCUAGUUCAGGUCCUGAGUACUAUCUGUGUAUUAUAGACACUAUACAGUGAAAAUAUGCACAGAACUGUGGGACAAAUGCAAUCCUUAAACUGGCAAGGCUUCUGUAAGACUGGAUGCUUGGCCCCAGAUAAUCUCAUGAAGGACUUAAUAUGGCACAUAAAAACUUGCUGUGAGUAGGCUUUUGAGUAUUUCAAAUGAAGAAGUUUCUAUUCUGAUCUCAAAUAUGUGCAUGCUCUUUGCCAAGUACCUUAAAUUAAUUUUCUGCACUUACGAUAGGACAUGACAGUGCCUUUUUUGUUCCUUUGAUGCACUAAGCAGCAUGCAUCCAAAUAUUUGAAAUGAUGACAGCAAUUAAAGACUACAUUUGGACUGAUAUGAAAAAUGCCAGACUCACUAAUUUAGCCAUAGUAGUGUUUAACACACACUUAAUGUAAGAUUUCAACUCAGUUAAAAUUGCUUGGUAACAUGUAUCAAGUAAUAUGAUAUUUUGGUAAAAGCUUUAGAGAAAAAGCCGUACUAAGAAACCUGAAAGUAUUGCAUGUCCAGAUAUAAUGGGAAUUUUAAAAUUGUUUCAAUGGAUCAAUUGUAUCUGAGAUACUACAUAUAACAGCGUGCUGCCACUAUAUAUUACUUAAAUAAUUACAUAGUUGCAAAAUAUUUCCUCCCAGUAUUUUUAAUUUGUGCAAAGGUAGAGAAUAAUAUAAAAUGCCCAGGCCUUAAAAAAGGGUUAUCAAAACAAUAAUAUUGUGGUGUUUAUAAUGCUGAAUAAUAUAUAAGGCAAUGAUCAAUAAUCCCUUACAGGGAAUACUUUUCAUCUUUACAUUAGCUUGGCUAUAAAUUUUCCCUAUUGGCUUCAACUUGUGCUGUGUUAGAUCUCUGCAAUUCAUGCCUGCUAUUGAUUAGUGCAAAACUAUUUUGUGGGAGAUGUCAAAUUAAUUGUUAAAAAAAGCCACGAAAGUGCUUUUUUAUUGGCCACGUGAGGCUCAACACACACUAUACUGUUAUUUCAUUAUUUCAUGUACAUAUAAUUUUCAAUAAGCUUUAAAAUAGUUAUACAGUGUGCUUAGACAUGAAAAUUCACAUAAUGUAUUGAAAAUGUUACUCUGUGCAGGACACACCUUAUUUUGUGACUCAGAAAGCAGUGUAACACAGCAGCAUGCUUCUGAAUGUUGCUGGAUAACUUCCUGUGAGAUCAUUACAGUCUUAGAUAAGCACUCCCAAAUAGGCAGAAAUGUCCAUUUUUUAACACAAGAUUCCUAGACUUAGGCCAAAUUUUGCCAGUAGCAUCCUCAUUGAAGAGGUAAGCAAUUUGCAGGGAAGGCUGCCAGAAAAUCCCCAAACCCUCAGAACCAGAUGAGCCAAUACUUGAUACAGAUGUACUGUGCCACAUGGAUGUUGAACCUUGGAGAUUUGCAAAAGCAGUGCUUCUCUGCAAAGUAUUCUUAUUUUUAAGUGAACAAAUGUCGGUGUAAGGUUGCUGUUAUUUGCAUGGGAAAACUUAAUCAUGUACACACUAUUACACUUAGGUGUAGCAUGUUUUCAUGUCUGAAUUUUAGCUGAGUAAAUAAUAACACACCAGAGAGAAUGGUUACUAUCUAAACAGAAAUGCAUGACACUGGACUAUACUAAGGAUUUUCAUUUCUCACGCCUCUGGAAGAUCAUACUGUAUACUGGAAUUUAUCAGUAUAGCAGUGGGCUUGGUCAGCAUCCGAGGAGUCGACAGUGGACUUUACCUUGGAAUGAAUGAGAAAGGAGAACUGUAUGGCUCGGAAAAAUUAACCCAGGAGUGUGUAUUCAGAGAGCAAUUUGAAGAAAACUGGUAUAACACAUAUUCAUCAAAUCUAUAUAAACAUGUGGACACUGGAAGACGAUACUACGUUGCGUUAAAUAAAGAUGGGACUCCAAGAGAAGGGACUAGGACUAAACGGCAUCAAAAAUUUACACAUUUUUUACCUAGACCAGUGGACCCUGAGAAAGUACCAGAACUAUAUAAGGAUAUUUUAAGCCAAAGUUGACAAAGACAAUUCCUUCACUUGAGCCCUUAAAAAGUAACCACUAUAAAGGUUUCAUGCGGUGGGUUCUUAUUGAUUAGCUGUGUCAUCACAUCAGCUCCACUGUUGCCAAACUUUGUCGCAUGCAUAAUGUAUGAUGGAGGCUUGGAUGGAACAUGCUGAUUUUGUUCUGCACUUAAAGGUUUGUCCUCCUGGAGGAGAGCCUAUGCCCACUCGCUUGAUUUAGUACGAGAGGGAGCGCGAGAGAGUGAGUGCGAGAGAGAG